AUGGGUAAGGUCCACGGCUCUCUCGCUCGUGCCGGUAAGGUCAAGUCGCAAACUCCCAAGGUGGAGAAGCAAGAGAAGCCCAAGGUACCAAAGGGCCGCGCGAAGAAGCGUAUUCUUUACAACCGUCGCUUUGUGAAUGCCACCGUGACGCCUGGCGGUAAGCGUCGCAUGAACUCGAACGACAAGUAA